CACUAAUUCCCCAUUUAUCAUUACCAUCAAUUAAUAAAAGGAUUAGGUUGUUUUUGGUCAUUAAACUUUUUUGACUGUGUCAUUUUGGUCAUUAUACUUUACUUAAGUUCUAAUAAGCCAUUGAACUUAAAUUUUUUUGUCACUGUAGGCACCGUAACCGGUAAUAGCCGGUUGAUGUGUACGUGGAUGCUGACUUACCAAGAAGACGUCGUUUAGGGUUUUCUUAAAUUUAAAACCUAAAAAUUCAUUGUCUUUGCACACUAGGGGGAAUCGAACACCGGAGCAUCAAGGGGGAUCGAACACUGGAAUCGAACACUUGAGUAGCGUAGUGGGGAUCGAACGAACGACAUCGUCACCCCUAAACCCCAAAUCAAGAUGUCUAUAACCGCUGAAGUUAACCACCAUGGGGUUUUUCUUCCAAAUCCGCUAACGUAUGAUGGUGGUAUAUGUACUACUGUUACAGAUAUUAAUUUUGAUAAUAUGGAGUACCCCGAUUUAAUGAAAUAUCUUGUUAAGUUGACUCCUGGCUUAGUCAAGAAAGUGUAUUAUUGUAUAUCUAAUCAAAGUCUUGCAAGGGGAUUAAGGUUCUUGAUGUGUGAUGUGGAUUUCAAACAAUGCCUAGCUGAUGGGCAUGAAAAUGGUGGUCGAAUUGUUUUGUACAUUGAACAUCACGAUGAAGAUAUAAUGGAUUGGAUUGCAGAGGAACUUAGUGAAGAUGUUAUUAUAGAAGAUGAUGAGGAUGAGGACACUGAAUAUGAAGAAAAUGAUGAACCUUUGCUUGAUGACAUCUCAUUUGAACAUGAAUCUGAUGAUGAGAAAAUAUCAACAAAGACUAUUCAUGAAGAUGAAUUCUUGAACAAAUUGUGUGGAAAUACCAAUGUAACUGAACACAGACCUGAUGGUCAGUUGUUUCCUAUCCAUGAUCCUACAUUGGAAUGGAAAAGAAUGGUCCCAAUUUGUGGGAUGCGGUUUCAAGACAAGGAAGAAUUAAAAGAGUUGCUUACCAAUUAUUCGGUUGCAAAUGGGUUUGAUUUACGGUACGAGAUAAAUGAUAAAGAGCGAGUGCUUGUUCGUUGUGGAAAACCCAAGAAAAAUGAACAAGAAUGCCCCUUCAGACUUUGGGCAUCGUGGAUGAGCAAUGAACGUACAUUACAAAUAAAAUCUUUGGAAACAAAUCAUACUUGUGCCAGAAUAUUUCACGGUGGGUCACUUGUCACAUACAAAUGGAUCGCAAAACAUUUCACGAAAGAGAUAUUAGAAGACCCAACAAUUAGUACACGAAAAAUGCAAGCUGAUAUUGAAACAAAUUUUAAUUUGAAGGCAAGUACGGGGCAAUGCAAAAGAGCCAAAAGAUUUGCUUUAGAGGAAAUUGAAGGUUGUUUGGAAGACCACUAUGCAAAAUUGUGGAGCUAUGCAGCAGAAUUGAAGAGAUCAAAUCCGGGUUCAACAAUAAAACUAGAUGUGAAUGCGAUGCCAGAUGGGAAGAACUACUUCAACCGGUUCUAUGUUUGUUUCAAAAGUGUUCGGGAUGGAUGGAUAGAGGGUUGCAGAAGAGUAAUUAACUUAGAUGGAUGUUUUUUGAAAGGUGUAUGUAGAGGGGAGUUGCUUUCAGCCAUUGGUCGUGAUGCAAAUAACCACAUGUAUCCAAUUACAUGGGCUGUUUGUUCGGUUGAAAACAAGGAUACAUGGAAAUGGUUCAUGGAAUUAUUGAUGGAAGAUAUCGGGAUGGUCGUAGGAGGUGGUAAUGGAUUAACCAUUAUCUCCGACCAACAUAAGGGACUAAUGGAAGCUGUGAAGGAAGUGUUACCACAAUGUGAGCAUCGCCAAUGUGCCCGACACAUUUACGCAAACUUUUACAAAAGAUUCAAAGGCGUGUUCUUUAAAAAAGCUUUUUGGAAUGCAGCAAGUUCAACGACUGAGGAUUCUUUUGCAUUCUUCAUGAACCGAAUCAAGGAAGUUAGCGUUGAUGCAUACAACUUCUUGGUUAAAAAAACCCCAAAACAUGGUGUAAAGCAUUUUUUCAGGUGGACAAGGCUUGUGAUGCCUAUGAAAAUGGUGUGUCAGAAAGUUUUAACAGUGCAAUUGUACAUAGUCGUGCUAGGCCAAUCAUUACAAUGUUGGAAGAAAUUAGACUGUUUGUUAUGCAGAGGACUUACACAUUGAAGGAGAAAGCUAGAAAAUGGAAAAAUGAUGUAUGCCCUUCCAUCAGAGAAAAAAUCAAGGAUCUAAAUAAAGAUCAAAGGUAUUGGGGUGUGUACCCAAGUGGGUUGCAACAGUUUGAGGCCAGAUAUAAAAAUCAAGCAUUCAGUGUAGAUAUUGGGGAAAAAACUUGUAGUUGUAGAGCAUGGCAGCUUUCGGGAAUACCUUGUUUGCAUGCUGUUGCAGCAUUGGCCCAUUUGAACAUAAGUGCUGAAUCAUAUGUGUCUUUGUGGUAAAAAUCAGAUAUGUUUCUUAAUGCUUAUAGGUACAACAUACAGCCUAUCAAUGGUAGUGCCAUGUGGUCCAAUACUGAUUAUACACCACCUCUACCACCCAAAAAAAGACGUAUGCCUGGGAGACCAACCAUCAAAAGAAAGACGGAUGCAAGUGAAAGAGAGGAUAGGCCUGGGAAGCAAAAUGUGAGUAGACAAGGACUAGUUAUCAGAUGUAGCAUAUGCAAGCAAAAGGGGCACAACAAAAAAACUUGUCAUAACUCUUUUCCGAAUGAAGGUUCAUCAAGUAAAGCAGAAAAAAAGAAAAAAAAGCAAUGUGCAAGAAAGAAAACUAAAGUUGAUGGUGUAUGUGAUUAAGGGAUUUAACCUCCAAGGGAUUAUGUUGACCAAUUGCAUAGUACACAACAAACAAUGGCACAAAAUGAGGCUAGAGGUCUUAAUGUUCAUCAUGAUGUUAUUUUGGAAAAAUUAAGGAAAUCUAAAGCUAGUAUGCUUAGAUGAUAUGUAGGUGCUUGCUACAGAUUAUAAGCAUGUGAAUUAAUGUUCUAACCUUUUGUUAAGCUUAUUGUAGACAAAGUGUCUCAUCUUUUGGUAAGCUUAUUGUAGACAAACUGUCUUGUCUUUUGUUAAACUUAAUGUAGACAAACUAUCUCAUCUUUUGUUAA